ACUUGACACCGCUUAGCUGUUAGCUCACAACAAUGCGGAGGUGCAGCGAUAUUAACCGUUCUUUCAUAUAAAACUAAGCUCCGACGAGGUUGUAACCCGCCCACCAUCACAUCUGGAUGCAGAGACAGCUAAUUCUGUUGACUCAGAGGGCUGUUUGGAUAGGUCGACAACCUUUUGGCACACUUAUCAGGCUGUGGGGAGAGUGUAGAGCCUCUUCUGUGUCUUCAUGCUUCAAACCUACAACUGGUGAUUCGUUGCAGAUUUUCAGGGACAUCCAUCCCUUCUCUGUGGUUAUCCAUAAGAGAAGACUUCUCCAAAACAAUCCUCCCAAUUUCUCCCUACAUCGGUGUUAUUCCAGCGAGCCUGACAUGUCAGAACAAAGGUUCAUAGUGGAGUACGCCAAACGAGGCACCGCAGGAUGCAAGAAAUGCAAGGACAAAAUCCAAAAGGGCAUAGUGCGCAUAGGGAAGAUUGUGCCAAACCCGUUCAGCGAGUCUGCAGGAGAGAUGAAGGAGUGGCAUCAUGUGAAGUGCAUAUUUGAAAAGCUGGAAAGGGCAAGAGCCACCACCAAGAAGAUCGAGGACAUCACAGAUCUGGAGGGCUGGGAGGAGCUGCAGGAUGAAGACAAGGAGAUCAUCAACAAACAUGUGUCAGACCUGAUGGCCAAAGUCAGUUCAACUCCGAAGAAGAAGGUUCAGGCGAAGAUGAACCCCAGCGGCCAGCUAAUGGCUCCUCCUGCUGACCCAUCGCUCAACGCUCCGCGCAAGUUCUCAGGCUUCACGGCCGCCAAGGCAGGCAGCUCCAGCAGCCCAGGACCGUCCUCGUCCCCGUCCCCGUCCCCUGCAAAAGCCAGCCAGGGCAGCGCCUUGUCCAUGCAGCUCUGUGACCCCCAGCACAAGGACUGCCUCCUCAGGGAGUUCCGCAAGCUCUGCGCCACGGUGGCUGAAAACAACAGCUACAACACCAAGACACAGAUCAUUGAACGGUUCCUGAAGAAGGGCUCAGGCGGAGAUAAGUUCCACGGAGAUCUUUACCUGACGGUGAAGCUGCUCCUGCCGGGCGUCAUCAAAAGUGUCUACAACCUCAACGACAAGCAGAUUGUAAAACUUUUCAGUCGCAUAUUCAGAUGUAACCAGGACGACAUGGUGCGCGAUCUGGAACAGGGUGACGUGUCUGAAACAGUGAGGAUGUUCUUUGAGGACAGUAAAUCCUUUCCAGCUGCGUCCAAGAGCCUCCUGACCAUCCAGGAAGUAGACGCAACCCUGACCCGCCUCGCCCAGCUGACCAAGGAGGACGAGCAGCAGACCGAGCUGGAGGAAAUCGCCAAAAAAUGCACCAGUAAUGACCUGAAAUGCAUCAUCCGACUCAUUAAACACGACCUGAAGAUGAACUCUGGAGCAAAGCACGUCUUGGAUGCUGUGGAUCCAAACGCGUACGACGCCUUCAAGGCCUCACGUAACCUAGGUGACGUGAUUGAGCGGGUGUUGAGGAACCAGCAGGAGGCGUCCAACGGGUCAGGACCGAGGAAACUCCUCACUGUGGAGGCCUCGCUCAUGACCCCCGUUCAGCCCAUGUUGGCGGAGGCGUGUAAGUCGGUCGAGUACGCCAUGAAGAAAUGUCCGAACGGCAUGUACUCUGAGAUCAAGUACGACGGAGAACGAGUGCAGGUCCACAAGAACGGAGACAACUUCAGCUACUUCAGCCGCAGCCUCAAACCAGUGUUACCACACAAGGUGGCCCAUUUCAAGGAGUACAUCCCUCAGGCUUUUCCCGGAGGCCACAGCAUGAUAUUGGAUGCUGAAGUCCUCCUAAUUGACACAAACACCAGUAAACCUCUACCUUUUGGGACCCUCGGUGUACACAAGAAAGCGGCCUUUCAAGAUGCCAAAGUGUGCCUUUUUGUCUUUGACUGUAUCUACUUCAACGGCGUCAGUCUCAUGGAGAGGCCUCUGUGUGAACGCAGGAAGUUCCUGCAUGACAACAUGGUGGAAGUUAAAGACAGGAUCCUGUUCUCCGAGAUGAAGCACGUCACUAGGGCUGGAGAUCUGGCGGACAUGAUUACUCGUGUCAUCAGAGAGGGACUGGAAGGUCUGGUGCUGAAGGAUCUAAAGGGGAGCUAUGAACCAGGGAAACGCCACUGGCUGAAGGUGAAGAAGGACUACUUGAACGAGGGGGCGAUGGCCGACACAGCCGACCUGGUGGUGCUGGGAGCCUUCUAUGGGAAAGGCUCAAACGGGGGCAUCAUGUCCAGCUUCCUGAUGGGCUGCUACGACCCGCACUCCAAGAAGUGGUGCACGGUAACAAAGUGCUCCGGGGGCUACGAUGACGCCAUGUUGGCUCGUCUCCAGAAAGAGCUGGAUAUGAUCAAAAUCAGCAAGGACCCGGGCAAAAUCCCAGGCUGGCUGAAAAUCAUCAAGAACUAUUAUCCAGAUUUCCUUAUUCGUGAUCCUGAGCAAGCACCGGUCUGGGAGAUCACAGGAGCAGAGUUUUCUAAAUCAGAGAUGCACACCGCUGAUGGCAUCUCCAUCCGCUUCCCUCGCAUGACCCGCAUCCGUGAUGACAAGGACUGGAAGACGGCCACUAACCUGCCCCGGCUGAAAGAGCUCUACCGCAUCUCAAAGGAGAACUGUGACUUUAAAGUGACCGCCGGACCGUCGACGUCCAACGACGACUCCAAGGGCUCAUCAGGAGGAGACAGCGGAGGAAACUCACCGUCUGUGUCGUCAAGGGGAGGAGCAACAGCCAAGAGGGCCAGCAGCAGCAGCAGAAGCACACCCAAACCAAAGGUGAUCAAAUCAGAGCCUUACAGUCCACCAAAACCAAAGGUGGUCAAGUCGGAGCCUCGCAGUCCGGGCUCUGAAGGACCCAGUGCCAAGAAGGUGAAGAAGAGUGAAAGUGUUCACAGUAACGGACAGAGCAAAGCAAAGUCCACCUCGCAGCUGAUGGAGCCCAGCAAAGACAAGACGCUGCUGGACAUCUUCAGCGGGGUGAAGCUCUUCCUGCCCGUCUCCGUGCAGGACUUCGACAAACUGAGGCGCUACUUCGUGGCGUACGACGGAGACCUGGUCGCCGACUACGACGCCGCCUCGGCCACGCACACACUGGCGGCCGAACCCGCCGAGGACAGCCAGGCUCACAAAGUCUCGCCCAGCUGGAUCUGGGAGUGCAUCCGCAAGAGGCGCGUCGUUCCUCCCUGUUAAUAAAAAAAACAAGAAGACGGCGUUAAGCGGUCUGCACGACGGGACUCUAAAUCCAUGAAGACCAGAAGAACAUGGUCGACUCUUAAGAUCUGGAGACACAGUCCAGAUGUUGACACUUUUUUUUAAACCGAGCUGUGGAGAUUUCUGACAGUGUUUCCUGGUUUCAGCUGAUCUCAGGACAUUUUUUUUAUUUAUUCCACACCGACCUUUUCCUUUGAACACUAACAGUAAACGUUUAGUUUCAAGUUGUUUUGUGUUUUUACCACUUUGAGGUAACUUUGGAGGAUCAUGAAAAUGUGGGAUUGGAUACUAAUUAUCUGAAUACUAAUGAAAAAAGAGGGAGGGGCUACUUCAGCGUACAGAAGUGGACUGUAGACUUAGAUUAUUGUAGUGACAUAAUCAUGACAUCAUGCAGAACAAGCCGGGGCUCCAUCAGCGUUUCUUUUUUUAACUGCCUUUGUUAAACACUCAGCGAGGUAUUAAAGCCCCGCUCAUGAACUGAGGAACACCAAAUAUGUCUGCCAUUAGAAAUAAACAAAACACUGAUAAAGACAAUAAAAACGUCUCUGUAUCAUCG